AUGCGGCUGCCGGUUGCUGUCCGGGAGCGGGUGGCGGCGGUGCACAGUGUCUCGGCGCUGCCCGAGCGCCUGCGGCUGUACGACGGCUGGGCUGACAGCUACGAGCAGGAUGUGGCGGCGCUGGAAUACCGGGCACCGCACCUGGCUGCCGCUUCUCUCGCCUUCGCUUUCCCCAUGCCACCCGCCGAGGCUCGGCUGCUCGACGUGGCUUGUGGCACCGGGCUUGUAGCGCGGGAGCUCCACCGCCGCGGCUUCCGCUGCCUUCACGGCGUGGACGGCAGCGCGGGGAUGCUGGAGCGGGCGCGGAGCACCGGGCUGUACCGGCAGCUGUGGCGGUGUGUCCUGGGCCGGGAGGCCCUGCCGGUGCCUGCAGAGCACUACGACGCCGUGACGCUGGUGGGAGCCCUGGGCGAGGGACAGGUGCCGAGCACGGUCGCGCCGGAGCUGCUGCGUGUCACCAAGCCAGGAGGGUUCGUCUGCCUGACAACGAGGAGCAACCCCUCGAACCUGAAGUACAAGGCAGAGCUGGAGGUGGCACUGGAGAGGCUGGAGAAGCAGGGAGCCUGGCAGAAGGUCCUGGCCCAGGAGGUGGAGUACUGGGAAAGGGCCACCUCCGAGGAGGAGAGCACCCAGGGCACUGGCUACAUCUCCGGGAUGGUCUACAUCUAUCAGAAAUGCCCUGUCCCCCAACUCGAGGAGGACUGA